UUCACCUACUUUAUGUUUUUCUACAAUAUAUUCCUGGGUUUAGUAUCCUGUUUAUUAAGAAUAGUCAAAGCUAUUGUUCUAGGAGCGCUAUUAUUAUCUAGAUUAGACAACAGUACAUUACCACAGAAAUUCCAGUUUUUUGAUCCAGGUUUCGCAGCUUAUGUUGGUUUUAUGCAUAUAGAAAACUCUCAUAAUCACCCGGUAGUGUUGGUGUUAGUAAGAAUACUUCUGGCCAGU